AUUGUUCUAGAUGAUGGAGUGAAGAUGAGGAGGUUCUUUAUUGUUCUAGAUGAUGGAGUGAAGAUGAGGAGGUUCUUUAUUGUUCUAGAUGAUGGAGUGAAGAUGAGGAGGUUCUUUAUUGUUCUAGAUGAUGGAGAGAAGAUGAGGAGGUUCUUUAGUGUUCUAGAUGAUGGAGUGAAGAUGAGGAGGUUCUUUAUUGUUCUAGAUGAUGGAGAGAAGAUGAGGAGGUUCUUUAGUGUUCUAGAUGAUGGAGUGAAGAUGAGGAGGUUCUUUAUUGUUCUAGAUGAUGGAGUGAAGAUGAGGAGGUUCUUUAGUGUUCUAGAUGAUGGAGAGAAGAUGAGGAGGUUCUUUAGUGUUCUAGAUGAUGGAGUGAAGAUGAGGAGGUUCUUUAUUGUUCUAGAUGAUGGAGUGAAGAUGAGGAGGUUCUUUAUUGUUCUAGAUGAUGGAGAGAAGAUGAGGAGGUUCUUUAUUGUUCUAGAUGAUGGAGUGAAGAUGAGGAGGUUCUUUAUUGUUCUAGAUGAUGGAGAGAAGAUGAGGAGGUUCUUUAUUGUUCUAGAUGAUGGAGUGAAGAUGAGGAGGUUCUUUAUUGUUCUAGAUGAUGGAGAGAAGAUGAGGAGGUUCUUUAUUGUUCUAGAUGAUGGAGAGAAGAUGAGGAGGUUCUUUAUUGUUCUAGAUGAUGGAGAGAAGAUGAGGAGGUUCUUUAGUGUUCUAGAUGAUGGAGUGAAGAUGAGGAGGUUCUUUAUUGUUCUAGAUGAUGGAGUGAAGAUGAGGAGGUUCUUUAUUGUUCUAGAUGAUGGAGUGAAGAUGAGGAGGUUCUUUAUUGUUCUAGAUGAUGGAGUGAAGAUGAGGAGGUUCUUUAUUGUUCUAGAUGAUGGAGUGAAGAUGAGGAGGUUCUUUAUUGUUCUAGAUGAUGGAGUGAAGAUGAGGAGGUUCUUUAUUGUUCUAGAUGAUGGAGUGAAGAUGAGGAGGUUCUUUAUUGUUCUAGAUGAUGGAGUGAAGAUGAGGAGGUUCUUUAUUGUUCUAGAUGAUGGAGAGAAGAUGAGGAGGUUCUUUAUUGUUCUAGAUGAUGGAGUGAAGAUGAGGAGGUUCUUUAGUGUUCUAGAUGAUGGAGUGAAGAUGAGGAGGUUCUUUAUUGUUCUAGAUGAUGGAGUGAAGAUGAGGAGGUUCUUUAUUGUUCUAGAUGAUGGAGUGAAGAUGAGGAGGUUCUUUAUUGUUCUAGAUGAUGGAGUGAAGAUGAGGAGGUUCUUUAUUGUUCUAGAUGAUGGAGAGAAGAUGAGGAGGUUCUUUAUUGUUCUAGAUGAUGGAGUGAAGAUGAGGAGGUUCUUUAUUGUUCUAGAUGAUGGAGUGAAGAUGAGGAGGUUCUUUAUUGUUCUAGAUGAUGGAGUGAAGAUGAGGAGGUUCUUUAUUGUUCUAGAUGAUGGAGUGAAGAUGAGGAGGUUCUUUAUUGUUCUAGAUGAUGGAGUGAAGAUGAGGAGGUUCUUUAUUGUUCUAGAUGAUGGAGUGAAGAUGAGGAGGUUCUUUAUUGUUCUAGAUGAUGGAGUGAAGAUGAGGAGGUUCUUUAGUGUUCUAGAUGAUGGAGUGAAGAUGAGGAGGUUCUUUAUUGUUCUCGAUGAUGGAGUGAAGAUGAGGAGGUUCUUUAUUGUUCUCGAUGAUGGAGUGAAGAUGAGGAGGUUCUUUAUUGUUCUAGAUGAUGGAGAGAAGAUGAGGAGGUUCUUUAUUGUUCUAGAUGAUGGAGUGAAGAUGAGGAGGUUCUUUAUUGUUCUAGAUGAUGGAGUGAAGAUGAGGAGGUUCUUUAUUGUUCUAGAUGAUGGAGUGAAGAUGAGGAGGUUCUUUAUUGUUCUAGAUGAUGGAGUGAAGAUGAGGAGGUUCUUUAUUGUUCUCGAUGAUGGAGUGAAGAUGAGGAGGUUCUUUAUUGUUCUAGAUGAUGGAGUGAAGAUGAGGAGGUUCUUUAUUGUUCUCGAUGAUGGAGUGAAGAUGAGGAGGUUCUUUAGUGUUCUAGAUGAUGGAGUGAAGAUGAGGAGGUUCUUUAGUGUUCUAGAUGAUGGAGUGAAGAUGAGGAGGUUCUUUAUUGUUCUAGAUGAUGGAGUGAAGAUGAGGAGGUUCUUUAUUGUUCUCGAUGAUGGAGUGAAGAUGAGGAGGUUCUUUAUUGUUCUAGAUGAUGGAGUGAAGAUGAGGAGGUUCUUUAGUGUUCUAGAUGAUGGAGUGAAGAUGAGGAGGUUCUUUAGUGUUCUAGAUGAUGGAGUGAAGAUGAGGAGGUUCUUUAUUGUUCUAGAUGAUGGAGUGAAGAUGAGGAGGUUCUUUAUUGUUCUAGAUGAUGGAGUGAAGAUGAGGAGGUUCUUUAUUGUUCUAGAUGAUGGAGUGAAGAUGAGGAGGUUCUUUAUUGUUCUAGAUGAUGGAGUGAAGAUGAGGAGGUUCUUUAGUGUUCUCGAUGAUGGAGUGAAGAUGAGGAGGUUCUUUAUUGUUCUAGAUGAUGGAGUGAAGAUGAGGAGGUUCUUUAUUGUUCUCGAUGAUGGAGUGAAGAUGAGGAGGUUCUUUAUUGUUCUAGAUGAUGGAGUGAAGAUGAGGAGGUUCUUUAUUGUUCUAGAUGAUGGAGUGAAGAUGAGGAGGUUCUUUAUUGUUCUAGAUGAUGGAGUGAAGAUGAGGAGGUUCUUUAUUGUUCUAGAUGAUGGAGAGAAGAUGAGGAGGUUCUUUAUUGUUCUAGAUGAUGGAGUGAAGAUGAGGAGGUUCUUUAUUGUUCUAGAUGAUGGAGUGAAGAUGAGGAGGUUCUUUAUUGUUCUAGAUGAUGGAGUGAAGAUGAGGAGGUUCUUUAUUGUUCUAGAUGAUGGAGUGAAGAUGAGGAGGUUCUUUAUUGUUCUAGAUGAUGGAGUGAAGAUGAGGAGGUUCUUUAUUGUUCUAGAUGAUGGAGUGAAGAUGAGGAGGUUCUUUAUUGUUCUAGAUGAUGGAGUGAAGAUGAGGAGGUUCUUUAUUGUUCUAGAUGAUGGAGUGAAGAUGAGGAGGUUCUUUAUUGUUCUAGAUGAUGGAGAGAAGAUGAGGAGGUUCUUUAUUGUUCUAGAUGAUGGAGAGAAGAUGAGGAGGUUCUUUAUUGUUCUAGAUGAUGGAGUGAAGAUGAGGAGGUUCUUUAUUGUUCUAGAUGAUGGAGUGAAGAUGAGGUUCUUUAUUGUUCUAGAUGAUGGAGUGAAGAUGAGGAGGUUCUUUAGUGUUCUAGAUGAUGGAGAGAAGAUGAGGAGGUUCUUUAUUGUUCUAGAUGAUGGAGUGAAGAUGAGGAGGUUCUUUAUUGUUCUCGAUGAUGGAGUGAAGAUGAGGAGGUUCUUUAUUGUUCUCGAUGAUGGAGUGAAGAUGAGGAGGUUCUUUAGUGUUCUAGAUGAUGGAGUGAAGAUGAGGAGGUUCUUUAUUGUUCUAGAUGAUGGAGUGAAGAUGAGGAGGUUCUUUAUUGUUCUAGAUGAUGGAGUGAAGAUGAGGAGGUUCUUUAUUGUUCUCGAUGAUGGAGUGAAGAUGAGGAGGUUCUUUAUUGUUCUAGAUGAUGGAGUGAAGAUGAGGAGGUUCUUUAUUGUUCUAGAUGAUGGAGUGAAGAUGAGGAGGUUCUUUAUUGUUCUAGAUGAUGGAGUGAAGAUGAGGAGGUUCUUUAUUGUUCUAGAUGAUGGAGUGAAGAUGAGGAGGUUCUUUAUUGUUCUAGAUGAUGGAGAGAAGAUGAGGAGGUUCUUUAUUGUUCUAGAUGAUGGAGUGAAGAUGAGGAGGUUCUUUAUUGUUCUAGAUGAUGGAGUGAAGAUGAGGAGGUUCUUUAUUGUUCUAGAUGAUGGAGUGAAGAUGAGGAGGUUCUUUAUUGUUCUAGAUGAUGGAGUGAAGAUGAGGAGGUUCUUUUGUGUUCUAGAUGAUGGAGUGAAGAUGAGGAGGUUCUUUAUUGUUCUAGAUGAUGGAGUGAAGAUGAGGAGGUUCUUUAUUGUUCUAGAUGAUGGAGAGAAGAUGAGGAGGUUCUUUAUUGUUCUCGAUGAUGGAGUGAAGAUGAGGAGGUUCUUUAUUGUUCUAGAUGAUGGAGUGAAGAUGAGGAGGUUCUUUAUUGUUCUUUAUUGUUCUCGAUGAUGGAGUGAAGAUGAGGAGGUUCUUUAUUGUUCUAGAUGAUGGAGUGAAGAUGAGGAGGUUCUUUAUUGUUCUUUAUUGUUCUCGAUGAUGGAGUGAAGAUGAGGAGGUUCUUUAUUGUUCUAGAUGAUGGAGUGAAGAUGAGGAGGUUCUUUAUUGUUCUAGAUGAUGGAGUGAAGAUGAGGAGGUUCUUUAUUGUUCUAGAUGAUGGAGUGAAGAUGAG